AUGACACUAUCUCAACUGCAAUUGCCUCCAACAACAAAAUUACCUGCCAUCAAACUGCCUUCAUUAGUCUAUUCAACAAGAGAUGAAUGGGCGUUCAACAGCAAUCAGCAAAUGAUAAGCUGCUAUCAGGCAUCGCAUAUCGCUCAAACCCACAUGUCAACAGACAUCUUACUACCGCCUAUCCUACCAACAGCUUCUGCUGCAAGUAGCUAUUCACCACCGCCUACUAGUCUGCCUGACUCACCUCCGUAUUCAUCCUGCUCGUCUCUAUCUGUUUCAUCGCUGCCUUCAUCUCCCGAUACAGUGCCUGACACAUCUUUUAGUCCAUGCCAUGUUCCACAGCAUCAUACAUCAACAUCAACAAAAACUACAAGGAAGAAGGGAUGUUCCAUUGAAUCACUUCUCAACUCGGGAUCAGAACUUCUUGCUCUGGAAAGGGAAGAUCAGCGCAAUAGACUGUCUUCUAUCCCUCCAAAAACAAAUCCAUUGACACUUCAAAAGAAAAAGAUCGACAAAAGAAAACGAGCUGCAGCCUUACCCUAUUUCAGCAACAAAAAACAACCAGCAUUGGAUGAUAAUCGAAAUACAAAAGGAUUGCGACUCUUUUCCAAGCAAGUCUGCGAUAAAGUAGCUAAAAGAGGUGUUACUACUUACAAUGAAGUGGCAGACGAACUGGCAGCCGAGAUACAGCAAAAGAGCACUGUACCUGUAGAUCAGAAAAACAUUCGCAGACGCGUCUAUGAUGCUCUCAAUGUCCUGAUGGCUAUGGAAAUCAUUACCAAAGAUCGUAAACAGAUCAAAUGGUUAGGCUUACAUCAUCAUCAACAACAAUUCGCCCCACUUGAGCAACAUGACGCUGCUGCUUCUCUGGACAUCAAACAGACGAUACUUGAACAAGAAAUCCAGCAGGAAGAAUCGCGUCAACAGCAACUGCUUGAGUCUAUCCAAAAAUCAAAACACGACUUGAAUACAGCAUUUGAAGAUUUUGCCCGAUUAGAAAAACUGGUCAAACGAAAUCAACAACAACAACAAACAGAACAACAAACCCAAGUCGUUCAUUUACCCUUUUUCAUGGUAUCGUCCAAUGAAAACAUUCACACACAUUGGAAUCAUAGCAAAGAAGCAGUUUUGUACUCUAAUUCAAAUUGCAGCGUUCAUCAAGACAUGGACAUCCUGGCUAAAUUGUGGCCAUCGUUAUCCAAAACUCCCAAUGUCGUCUCCUAA